AUGUCUUCACCACUCAGUUCCACGCCAGCUAGUAGCAUGAUCUCCGAACAGUCUUGUGACAGUGGAGACUACGCCCUUGACAAAGAAAUCUCCCUCGACAAAAUCACGUCUACCGACGAGGCAUUGGCAAAAAUUCAAGGCAGUGGAUUCUUCAACCAGUCUCUCUACUCGUUUGUCGAACUUACCUCGGUGGAUCAUGAGAUUGCAAUUGAUCUUUUAAAACUUCUCGACACAAAAUUUCCCCGUGUUCGAAAAGGAUUGUUCUUCCAGAGGAAAGUUAUCACUCUCAAAAUGCCAAAUUAUACUCACGAAGCCCCGCAUGCGUGGUUUAUUCAACAGCUCAUGCGUUGGCAUAUCAACGGUCAACUUACUCCUGAUGAACUUCUCAACGUUAUGGUAACAGCAAGCCCGCGAGUUACUGCCAGGAACCCUCCAUACACCGAUGAUCAAAAAGAACCUGACACCUUCAUCUCUUACUUCACAAGCCCCAGUUUGCAUGAACCCAGAAUCGUUAUUGAGGUUGGCUUCAAUCAGACGUAUCGAAGCCUCGUUGAAGAUGCGAAACUCUGGUUGGAAGGAGUGGGGGCAAAUGUGUGUAAGGUUCUUAUUGUGAAAUUUUUCCAGCGCAGACAAGGUGUUGCUGGAACAAUCGAACUCUGGGGACGAAAUUCUACCGGCAGUGCAUACAUGAUCUUCAGCAACCGACUUUUCCCGGUUCAUGGGCCGUUUGAACGGCCCAUUUAUCUUACUAAAGAAGAUCUUCUCAACGGCGCAAUUGCCUCAAGCUCCCAGGGCAGUGAUCGGCUUGAACUUGACGUUGCUUCACUUCGAGAUAUCGUAACAAACACGGGUCUCAAUCUUGUUGGACUCACUCCUUUGCCAUGA